AUGUUGGGAAGUGCAAAGCUCAUACCGGUUCUAGCGCUCGCAGCAGCUGCGGAGAGGUCUACUCCACAGGCCGUUGAUUAUACCCAAUAUGUUAAUGUCUUCUUGGGAACAGAGGGUGGUGGAAAUGACUUCCCAGGUGUUGCUCGGCCAUUCGGAAUGGUGAAGUUGGGACCCGACCUCCUAAACUCCGGCACUGAUUCCUACUCGGGAUAUCUCUCCAACGGCGCCUUCUCUGGAUUCACCAUGAUGCAUGAGCAAGGAACUGGUGGUGCUCCCAAAUACGGAACAGUUCCUCAAUUGCCCCUGGUUGGAAACAUCACCAACCCUCUCUCCAGCAUAACAGUUCCAAGAGGGGCCCCUGAUCAAGGCUCCGUCGGUUACUACAGAGCCCAAACCGGUCAGAAUGUCAUUGUGGAGUUGGCUGCUGCUUCACGUGCCGGAAUGUACCAAUACACUUUUCCGGCAGGGAGCACUGAAAACAACAUUCUGGUUGAUAUGAGCCACGUGCUACCUUCUUUCAGAGGGCAGGGGCUUGGUCAAGGGUAUGCUGGAGGAGAAUUCACCAUCUAUCCUGACGGUCACUACGAAGCUUCAGGGAUCUAUAACAACGGGUGGAACAGAUCGCCAGACUGGACCAUAUACUCCUGUGGAUACUUCAACGUUACAGCUGAAACGGCCAAUGCGUACACUGGAACCUCUUCCGGAGGAAGCGUAGUCCAACCAAGCGGAUCGGCCAGCUCAAAUAGCUCAAAUACUUAUGUAGGCGGUCUUUUUACCUUCAGCGAGAACAUCGUUUCUUCCCGAGUUGGUAUUUCGUGGAUCUCAUACGAGAAAGCUUGUCAAAAUCUCAACAAUGAGAUUCCAGAAGGAACCGAGUUUUCCACAGUGGUUGAAGGCACCAAGGAGGCGUGGAACUCGCAAGUACUUUCCACCAUUCAAACCACCACGACCAACGCAACGAACCUCGAAUUGCUCUACAGUUCAUUGUACUUCAUGAAUCUGCUGCCCACCAAUCAGACUGGUGAGAACCCAGGCUGGAACUCCACCGAACCAUACUACUCCGAUAUCUUCACCUUGUGGGAUCUCUUCCGCUGCUCGACCGCUCUCCUGCACGUUUUGCAACCAACCGUGUACGAGGAACACAUCCGGUCCAUGAUCGACAUCUGGCGGUUUGAAGGUUACCUCCCGGACGCGCGGUCUUCUAACUACAACGGCAGAACGCAAGGGGGAUCGAAUGCCGACAACGUCUUAGCUGAUGCCUUUGUCAAAGGUGUCCGGGGUCGCAUUAACUGGAAUGAUGGGUACGCUGCGAUGGUCAAGGAUGCAGAGGUCCCUCCCAACAACACCGUCCCUCCGGACCCAAUGGCACCAGACUCGUCGACGAAGGAGGGCCGAGGAGCUCUUCCAGACUGGCUUCAGUACGGAUUCAUUACCCCAAAAUACAGCCGCGCAGCGUCACGUGCCGUUGAUUAUGCCUACAACGAUUUCGGUCUGUACCAGGUCGCAAAAGGGCUCGGGAGAUGGGACGAUGCUAGCAAGUACCUUAACCGUUCGCGAAAUUGGCGCAACCACUGGAACCCGGAUCUCGAGUCAAUCGGCUACAAGGGCUUUAUUGUCCCCAGGGAUGUAUCUGGAUUCAUCAACACUGAUCCACUGAACGAUUCCGGCUACUGGGGUGACCCAUACUACGAGGCCAGUUCAUGGGACUACUCCUGGGGUGAUAUCCAUGACAUGGGGACGCUUGUUCAAUGGAUGGGUGGCCCGGAGACCUUCUUGUCAAGAUUGGACACCAUGUUCACAGUUGGUGCAAACCCAGGCAAUCCGAAUGGCAUCAUCUUUGAUUCCACAAACGAGCCAACUUUCAAUGUUCCUUACCUCUACAACUUCAUCAACCGACAGGACCGCUCCGUCUUACAAUCUCGCAAGGUCGCGAAGCAAUACUACAACACCCGUGUUAAUGGCCUUCCCGGCAACAGUGAUGCCGGAGCAAUGCAGACCUGGCUCCUGUGGAACAUGAUCGGUCUGUACCCCGUCACCGGCCAGACCACCUUCCUGAUCCACUCCCCUUGGUACGAGUCCCUAACCAUCAACCUCGGCGGAAAUAAGAAGCUGGUCAUCACCAGCACCGGCGGUGACGGCAAUGGUGACUCCAACAUCUAUGUGCAGAGCCUGAAGGUCAAUGGCCGGCCCUGGAAGCAGAACUGGCUCACCUAUGACGAUGUCUUUGCCCACGGCGGCACCAUGGAGUUCGUCCUCGGCCCCAACCCCGUCCAGUGGGCCACCGGUCCUCUCCCACCCAGCCCUGCCACCGAGCCUUGCGUAUGA